CACAAACUCAUCAGGAUUCUCUCAACAACAUGGAGUCAUCAUCAUCGUCGCCGUUUCUCACCACCACAAGCUUAGAUCAAAGAAACCCAUCUCCAGUUUCAGGAAAACCAUUAAAGCAAAAGAAGAAGACGACUUCAACGAACAAACACAUCAAAGUGCGUUACAUAUCAAAUCCCAUGAGAGUGAAAACCUGUGCUUCCAAGUUUAGAGAGCUCGUACAAGAGCUCACGGGCCAAGACGCUGUUAAUCUUCAGCCUGAGCCCGUUUUCUCCUCCUCCGCUGUCUCCGACCACAGCCCUUCUCCGCCGCCGUCGGAGAAUCUUGUGCCACGUGUUCUUGAGCAGGAUCCGUUCGAUGAUCUGGUGGAUGACUACGAUAUGUCCUUACCUCAUAUGUCGGAAGGUUUCUCCGGGUUCUUCUCUAAUGGGUUUUACAAUGUCAAUGACUUUGGAAGAAUCGAUUCUGUGUAACGAUCUUUAGAGUUCUCACUUCUCAGGGAUUUCUUCAAGUAAAAAAAAAAUUUAUAUAUAUAUAUAUAUAUAUCAUUAAAUAGGUACAUAUAUAAAUUAUAAAAUAGGUACAUGAAAUUCAACAGA